AUGACACUAGGCUUCAAUAUUGGCAGCAUAUGGAUGGCCGACCCGGUAAAUCAAGGGAAAGGUGAACUGAUCAAUGACGGCAAAUUGGGCGAUGACCCAUCCUGGAUGGAUCACACGCGCGAUCUGUUAGGCAUGAUCAACCAAUUCCGCGACCAGAUGCCUCGCCCUCUAAUUGGAGUUGGACAUAGCGCUGGGGGCGCUCAGAUCGCCAAUCUGGCAUUUAUGCACCCUCGGUUGUUAUCCAGUAUCAUUUUCCUUGACCCAGCCAUCUUGAAAUCACCUCCAACCCAAUUCAGGGAGCACCCCAUAUUCCACAAAUAUAUUCUCAAUCGACCUGAGUCAUGGCCAUCUCGCUCUCAAGCAGAGGCUUCGAUACCUAAGUGGCCAACUUAUGGUGGUUGGGAUAAGCGCUGCCUCCAGCGAUUCCUAGAACAUGGUAUUUUAGAUCUUCCAGUGCCCGAGUCAUCAUCAAAGGAUAAAAAGGUCAAUACGCCGGUUGCCUUUGCUAUAUCUGUGGCACAAGAGAUUCAUUUUCUAGGUCGGAGACCAAUGGCUCAGCGACAAGCUGAUGGGACAAUGAAAUUGGACCGUGAUGCAGCACCAGAUCUAGACCCACUUGAUGCUGAUGAUCGUCUCUAUCGUCAUGAAAUGCGCGCUACAUGGCAUCGUUUGCCGGAGCUGCGACCGUCAGCAAAGUUCAUUCUCGGGGGAAGAUCAUAUCUGCCUCUGCAUGAGCUGCGGGAAGGAAUUCAGCAGUGUGGGACCGGUCGAAGCGGCUCCGGGGGGGAUCCUAAGUGGCCGCGUUUGUGA